GGGUAGUUGAUAUUGAUGGGAAAAGUGAAAGAGGUUGGACUGCCCUUAUGUUUGCUGCCAGAAAUGGACACUCUUCAGUGAUUUCAACUCUAAUUGAAAAAGGGUGCGAUGUAGACAGCUUGAAUGCUUCAGGACAGACAGCUUUUGACAUAGCAGAGUUUUGGAAUCACAAGGAGGCAGCAUCCUUACUGUCACAGCAUAAGCAAGAGGAGCAGUUUAAUCAGAUUCAUAACUAUUAUUCUCUGAACCCACUGUACAGAGCAUCAGAUUUGAGAAAAGAUGCUGACGCCUUACUUGCUGCCAAAAGAAACCCUUCUUCAAAGUACAUAUUGUUUUCCAACCUACAGCCAUUUCUGUUACCACCUGAGGACCCCAAGAUCAAAUACAAAUUUGCAUUAUUUUCUUGUGAUCAGCUACCAGCAUCUGCCAUAGAGAAAUCAAGAGUGAUUUUUCUUGGUCUGGAAACAUGGGAUCCUGAUUCUAAUGCUUGGUUUGCCCUUGACCUGGGAAAUGAAGCAACUGAUUUAGCUAAAACUCUGUAUCCUAAGGGUGAUUUUGUAGCACCAAUGCCUAUUACUAUGAGAAUGGAUUCCACACAUGCAGGAAUAUUUGCAGAAGCUCAUUCUAUUCUAUGUUGGCUGGAUCGUUACAAGUUUUGUCCAACAUGUGGAAGUAAAAAUAAGGUUGUGGAAGGUGGAUAUAAACAGAUAUGUACGGAUACUGACUGUAGAAGUCAUAAAGGUGUUCACAACACAUGUUACCCACGUGUGGACCCAUCUCUGAUCAUGUUAGUGGUGUCAACCGACAAACAGCAUUGUUUGCUUGGUCGUCAGAAAAGAUUCCCUCCAAAGAUGUAUUCGUGCCUUGCAGGCUUCAUGGAGCCAGGUGAAUGUAUAGAAGACACUUGCCGAAGAGAAGUAGAAGAGGAAAGUGGUAUCAAAGUAGGCAAGGUUGAAUAUCAUUCUAGUCAGCCUUGGCCUUUCCCAGCCUCUUUGAUGCUGGGCUGCAUAGCAUAUGCUCGCACUGAUAACAUACAGGUGGACAAUAAUGAACUGGAGGAUGCAAGAUGGUUUUCUCGUCCUGAAGUUAGUCAGAUGUUGGCCCAGCAGCAUCCAGAUGGUCUGUUUGUACCUCCAAGACAAGCAAUAGCUCAUCAGUUAAUUAAGUCGUGGAUACUCAGUGCCCAUUCUCAUUUAUAA